AUGGAAUACAAAAGAACGCGCAAAGGGCCGCUGCCUGGAGGACGCCUGGGCGCGUCUGGAUCUGGAGCUGGCGCUGGACUCGACAACAUGCGAACCGCCAGCCGAGUGCGAGGCCCUGCACGACCACCCAGCAGCUCCUCGCAUUCAUCAUCCCCACUAGCUUGCUUGGUGUCGGCAGGGUCUUCCCAGGCCAAGCAAUCGACACCCGCCACUGGUGGAGAUGCAUGUACCAUCAAUAUGAAUAUAAACGCAUUGCGGGACUAUUUUAGGGCGAAAGAGGGAGAAGUUGGAGGUUUCCCGUAUCGGGCUAGGGUGCAUCGUCUUUUUGCUGAGCUGGAGCCAUCUAUUACCGUCACCGAGCAAAACCUGGUAGACCCAGUUUGGUAUAUCUUGCGCUCAAAUAUAUUUGAUGGCGCCGAAAACUCGACCGGCUAUGACGUGAGGCUGUUCCCUCAUUAG